GCCUUCUCUGCCUGGGCCCUUUCCUUCCUUCCCAGAGGCUUGUUCCGGGUCAGACAACAAGGCCUCCUUCCCUGCUCCAUCUUGAGGGCUCUUCUUCCCGGGCCUAGUUGUGCUUCCUCCUCCUCCUCCUCCUCCUCCUGGGCGCCAUUUCCUUCCCCGCCUCCGUCUGGGGCUGGAGGCACAGGGCCGCCAUGAAGAUGUCGGGCUCCCGGAGGCGCGGGGCGGCCCCUUCUUCUUCUCCUCCUGCCUCGUCCUUGUCGGGCUUCAGGGCGGGCGAGGCGGGCCCCUCCUCCUCCUCGGUGCCUCAGGGCCUGAUCCGGGCGGCGCGAAAGAGCGGCCAUUUGAACCUCUCUGGGCGGGAGCUCAGCCAAGUGCCUCUACAUGUAUGGCGGAUAAACUUGGAUACUCCUGAAGAGGCACAGCAGAAUCUUUCGUUCGGUGGUGGUGAUCGGUGGUGGGAGCAAACUGAUCUUACCAAACUAAUUUUAUCUUCCAACAAACUGAAGUGUCUUUCGGAUGAUAUCAGACUCUUACCUGCACUUACUGUGCUGGACGUGCAUGAUAAUCAACUGACAUGUCUUCCUUCUGCUAUAGGAUCACUGGAAAACCUUCAGAAACUUAAUGUGAGUCAUAAUAAACUGAAAGAUUUACCGAAGGAGCUUAUCCAGCUAAAGCAUUUAAGGAGUCUACUUCUGCAACACAAUGAAUUAAAUCAUUUACCUGAUGAAUUUGGGAAGUUAAUCAAUUUGGAAGAGUUGGAUAUUUCCAACAACCAUGUGUCUAAUAUCCCUACGAGUUUUGCAUUUCUCACAAACUUGGUGAGACUUAAUUUGGCUCACAAUGAGUUGAAGAUGCUACCAGCAGAGAUCAGUGCAAUGAAAAGUUUAAGACUGCUUGAUUGCACAAAGAACUACCUAGAAACUAUACCUCCUGAAUUGGCCAACAUGGCAUCAUUGGAACAGCUUUAUCUAAGAAGAAAUAAAUUACGAUACCUGCCAGACCUUCCUUCUUGUACAGUUUUAAAAGAGUUGCAUGUUGGUGAAAAUCAAAUUGAAGUUUUGAAAGCUGAACACCUGAAACAUUUGAAUUCCUUGUGUGUAUUGGACCUUAGAGAUAAUAAUCUGAAAUCAUUGCCAGAUGAAAUUGUUCUGCUAGAGGGCAUAGAGCGACUAGAUCUAUCCAACAACGAUAUUAGUAGCCUUCCUUGUAAACUAGGAAACCUUUCACAGUUGAAAUUCCUAGCUUUGGAAGGAAAUCCUUUAAGAACAAUCCGAAGAGAUAUUCUACAAAAGGGAACACAAGAAAUCUUGAAGUACCUAAGAAAUAAAAUACAAGAUGAAGAUGAAAUUAGACCAAACGGAGUAUUGCCUGUGACAGCAAUGACCCUGCCCAGUCAGUUGGCAAUUAACCUGCAUGCUAUAACUGCAUUGAAAACAUUGGAUUAUAGUGAGAAGCAGGCACCUGUAAUUCCAGAUGAAGUACUAAAUGCAGUUGAGAACAAUCCAGUCACUACUGUAAACUUCAGCAAGAAUCACCUGACUGAAAUUCCAGAAAGAAUUGUGGAAUUAAAAGAAACUGUCUGUGAUAUUAAUUUUAGCCACAAUAAGCUCACUUCCAUUUCCCUAGACCUCUGCAUGCUUUACAGACUGACUCAUUUGGAUAUCAGAAAUAACUGUUUGAUAUCUCUGCCUGAUGAAAUGGAAGCACUGGGAAAACUACAAAUAAUAAAUCUGGCCUUUAAUAGAUUUAAAGUACUUCCAGAUGUUCUUUACCGCAUCCCAACCCUUGAAGCAAUCCUCCUUGGCAAUAAUCAAGUUGGCUCCCUGGAUCCUCUGCAAUUAAAGAAGUUGGACAGGCUUAGUACUCUAGAUCUUCAAAACAAUGAUCUCUUGCAUGUACCACCAGAACUUGGGAACUGCAUCAAUCUCAGGACACUUUUGCUGGGAGGCAAUCCUUUUCGGACUCCUCGAGCAACUAUUCUUGCCAAGGGGACAGAUGCUGUGCUUGAAUACUUAAGAAGCAGGAUUCCUACCUGAUCUGUUGUUAAGUUUGAAUCAAAAUGUGUGUAAGGUUUUCCACCUGAAGAUUGAAGUCCUUGUGCCUGAGAACUGUUUAUUUGAAUUAGUGUAUGCACAAAGGAUGCAUGAUGGAGUUAUUGUUAAAAGCUAGAUCAAGAAGUAUGUUUUCCUUACAUGUCUUUGUAUAUACACUUGCAUAACACAUGUGGAUAACUGGUGCAUGCAUCUGUUGAAGUGGGACAUACUUAGUGGGCUGGCUUGAGAUUUAAGCCUCCCCUCCCCUCCCUUUCAUUUCAUUUGAUCUAAGUUUAAAGGACACCAGAAAAGGGAUUGCUGAAAAAACCCCUGCAAAAUAAUAAUAAUGAUGAAUGUAUUGAUCUUCAUAAUAUGAAACUUUUGUGUUAUGGAACAGUUAGUAAAAAAUUAUAUUGAAAGUUUCAUUUCCAUUGUUGCAUUAGUAUAUAUCCACAUACAUUUGAAAAAUCAAAUUCAGUUAUACACAACAGGAUAUCAGUUCCAGAAGUUCCAUCAGAUGACUAGGUAUGCCUUAUAUAGAGUUCACACAUAAAUGCCAAAAACGUUUUGGGUGCUGUAAAAAAUAUUACCAGUUUUGAAAACAAAAAACAGAUUACAUAAGGAUGCCCUAGUAACAAGAAAUUACCAGUUAUCCAUAACCUUUCUGAUAUACUUAGAAUUUUUAGGCUGUUACAGACAAUAUCACAAAAUUUCUGCAUCACAAAAUACCCAUUUCAGAAACUGCUGAGGUUAAAAGAUAAGUAACCCACUUAAUAAAUAAUGCCUGAAAAUA